CGUAAGGAGUUUAGACCCGCUGGCCGCUAUUCAGGAACGAACGACCCAACUUCGGAGCUCGUCUUAUACCAUUCAAAGAGCUCCAACCCAAUUCCAACUCAGCUCUUCAGGGUCGCGGGUGACCCAAUCGAUAUACUGCCUCACCAUGCCCGGCUACCUCAAAGUCCGACGUCCAUCCCCGACGACCGCCUCCUUCACCGUCUCCAACGCUUCCCAGUGCACGAGUACCCCCGCCAAAGCCCUCUUCUACCUCCAGUUCCUCCUGCGCGCAUUUAUAUUCGUCAGCGUCCUCGCCGUCUGCGCAGCGCGAUCACAAUCCUCGUUUUUCGCAGAAGAUGGGCCCUGGGUGCGGUGGACGGUCGUAUGGGCGAGCCCGUUGGGCGAACUAGCCUGUCGCAUUGCGGAUGCGUAUAGUCCUUUGGUCGUGACGGUUGUCAGUGUGAUUGUGCUGUAUGGGGUUUUUAGGAAGGGGUAUACAGAAGAGUCGCUUCUUGUCAUACGGGGUUUGGGGAUUCAGACGUCUACUUCUUCGAAUACGUAUCUGUCCAAGGCUACGACCCGGUUUAUUCCUACCACCGAGAUUCAGGAUAUUGUGAUACAUGAGGCUUUCAAGGGGUUCGAGGUUCGGUUUUAUCUUGCUGUUAUUGUGGAGGGGGAGCGGAAUGUUGUGGUGGUCUUUCCGAAUCUACUACCGAGGAGAGCAAUCCUGGAAGAAGUUUGGAGAGGUUCUCGACAUUGUCUUUACGAUGCGAAGUGAACCUGUGAACAUUCUCGAUCCAACAGCAAGGGUAUAAGUCUAAUUGCAGUUUUUUUUUUUUUUUUUUUUUUUUU